UUUGGAAGAACGCUUUUCUGGACAAUUAGAAUAUAAAUACGAUAAUUGACUACAACGAUGGAUACCGAAAUUGUUUACGACCAAUUCAUUCUUGCCGAUAAUGAAGAUGAAUUACUGCUUAUUUACGACGAUGAAGUGAAUUUAGAUGGGGAGCACCUUCUAAUCUAUGAGGAUGUCUGGAAGAGCGAAGAGGUAAUGACUCUAGAUGGGAAUUUAGCCAACAUCGAAGACUACGCGGUUUUGGUGGAAGUAAUGGACACUCCUACCAUACACGUCGUCUCUGGGAGCGAGGAAGAAAUGACACCAGAAGAGAAUUUGGGAGACUUCGAAUCAGCGGAUGCACUGGUCACUUCCACAACAGACGUGGCAGAUUUAGAAGAACUCACGGUCUAUAUUCCCGAAGAGAUCCCAUUUGCAGAUUCGGGAUUCUUUGCAGAGCAGGACGACAACUUGGAGGCAUACGACUUCACCUACACGGUGAUCGCGUCUGAGGCUAUAAGCCAUUCUCCUGGAGAAUUGACCGAAGUGACAGAGCUUAUACGCUAUCUCAGCCAGGACUUGGUCUUCCAGGCAUACUCGCCGCCAUCGAUACCCAGCUUGCAUACCGAGCAUUGUCCUCGUCACAACAACACCUCACAGGACAUCUUCUGGUCCGACAUGGAGGAGGUGUCCUGCAUCCUGUUGCGUUCGGCGGCCGCCUAUAUGGAACCACCCGCUUAUGUCGACGACGCCACAGUGAGUUUUAUUGCCAAGGGUCUCUCCUUGGCCAAGAGUUUCACGACUGAGGAGCCCAAUUCCCUAAGAGCACAUGAGAGCAUUGGUCGCCUGGUGGCCGCCAUUGUCAUGGACAGACAGUCGGGCGUCGUAAUGGCAUACGCCGUGAUCCACCUCGUUCCCCAGGCUAUGAACGACGACAGCACAGGCGAGUUGUUGGGCAUGAUGCUACAUAACGUCAUUCGUGGAUUCGCCAUCAACGACCACUUCCGUCGCAUAAUUAUCGAAAACAGCCGCCCCUUCCUUUUGGUGGCUAACCAAAUUCCAAACUAAUAUUUCCUUUUAAUCGAUCGAUUCAAUUUUAAAUCUUUCAUCAUUUUAUUUGGAGCAUUUAAGAAGCAUUUUCCUUUUUGGUGGCGAACCAAAUUCCAAACUAAUAGUUCCCUGGAAUCGAUCGAUUCAAUUUUAAAUCUUUCAUCAUUUUAUUUGGAGCAUUUAAGAAGCAUUUUCCUUUUGGUGGCGAACCAAAUUCCAAACUAAUAUUUCCUUUUAAUCGAUCGAUUCAAUUUUAAAUCUUUCAUCAUUUUAUUUGGAGCAUUUAAGAAGCAUUUUCCUUUUGGUGGCGAACCAAAUUCCAAACUAAUAGUUCCCUGGAAUCGAUCGAUUCAAUUUUAAAUCUUUCAUCAUUUUAUUUGGAGCAUUUAAGAAGCAUUUGAGCAUUUAAGAGGCUGACAAAAAAAACAGAAAUAUAUACGAUCAGUAAUAAAUAACUAUUAUCCUAACUUUUAAA